GUGGUGCUCCCUUACGAUGGAAGUAAUUAAAAUUCAAGAAAUAAUAGUCCUAUACUUAAAUAUCAAAUAUUUAUGGAAGUUAUUUUGAAGAGAUAUUCACAUAUAGGAAUUAUAUCAGUUCUCGGAAUAUAAUGAAGAUAAUUUUUAAAAGGUCAAUAAGUUAUCUUAUAUACUGAAGUCGCACUCGGGACUUCAGUCAAGAGAAAAUAUUAACAAGAAGUGACACGAACAAGAUCAUUUCACAAAAUGAAAUUAACAAUUUCUAUUUUAUUUUGUGUUAUUUUAACACUGCCAUUUACGAACGCGGAUGGGCCAUUGUCGAAUUUAUUCGGUCGCAUCCAUAAUUCUGUUCACCAAUCAGUACAGAAAGUGAGAGAAGAUGUUCAUAACGCAUUGCACCCGAAUGACAACGUACAACAAGGGAAUACAGAUGAGUCCAUACACUUUGUUGAGGAAGAACCGAAGGAAGAUUUGGCAGCAACAGUAGCUAGGCAGCAGGCAGAAGUGACUACAGCUCCUACCACCAGUACAACCACGCCACAAAGUGGUGCCGUGAAUACAACCACAGAAGGUAAGGAUGGCCGGGAAAACUUUGCGGGAGGGUGUAUCCCUGGCUACAUGCGUACCGCAGACGGAAGAUGCAAACCCACCUAUUAAUGAAAAUAUUGAAAAGUUUACAUUUAAGUGAUAAUAUUCUCGAAUACAAAUCUGACAGCAUGAUCCCAAUUAAUGUGAAAAUUAUAUUGUAAUCAAUUUGUGUGGAGUUAUGGUUUGAUUGCGAACUAUACUUAUUACAAGUUCUGUUAAAGUUAUAGUUUCGAGUAAGUGUGUUUAGAUUUUUCCAGUGUUAAGAUUUAGAAGCUUUUUAUUGUUUGAUUGAGUAUCAGUUUGUUCUUUUGUUUAACUUUGUAUGUUACUUGUAAAAUGAAAAACCUUUGCAUUUCUUAACUUACUUUAUAUUUGAGCAAAAAGUGACAUUGUUGUAAAACUAUUACAUUAAAAAUUAACUUUGAA